CGUGGAGGUUUGCUGGGGCUGUGGUGUGGGCAGCAUUUCCAUCCUUGACUUGGGUGUACCUGUGUCAUGCCAUCUCCCAGUGCUACAAGGGCUGGCCUGGAUGCAGGAGGGUUUGAGCUGUAAAAGUUAACUCAGCAAAGGUGGGUUUUGCAGGCUGUGCACAAAGACCUGUCCUGGCACAGGAUGGGUGCCUGUGUGUGUGAUGCAGGGGAUGCAGGUGGCACACGCCAGACAGGAACCUGGGAUAAACGUCAGGGAUUGUUUGGAGAGCGUGGCCUGUAAGGGACAGAGGGACUGGAAUCCUUUUGGAGAAGAGAAAGGGAAGCUUCCCACCUGUUAACACCUGCACAUAUCUCCCAGGUGUGUCCUGCUUCAAGGGAAGUUGAGCCUUUCCCACCUUCUUCCCUGUAGAUGAGAAAUAAGGGAGCUUCAGUGGAGAUCCUGGAGAGGAAACUCCUCAGCAGCAGGUCUGGUGGUACAGGGGCAGUUUUUGUGAGGAGCUGUCUGAGCCUCUGCAGAGCAGAGGGGGAAGAUGUCGGGGCAAGAGGUGUAGCUCAUUUGACCUAGAUCUUCAGGUGUACUUGAUCUGCACUGAGAGGGGUGAGGGUAUGGCUUAGCUGCCGACUUGAGCUGCCUUUUAGCCCUCAGGAUUUAAGAAAUAGUAAUUGCUCCAUAAUGUUCUAAACCCUGGCUUUGGCUGGCAGCCUCGCUUGGCACCCUUCAUAUAACUUGAUCUUUUAAACAAACCUCCAAAUGUUGCAAGUGAGCACAUGAAGCAAGGCUGGCUGUCCCCUUGCUUGCUCUGCAGAUCCCACAGUAAGCUGAAAGCUGCAAAAUAAGCCUGGAAGUGGGCAAAAACCCCAGUCCGUCUCAGCUUCUGGAAAGAGGGGCUGCUGAGGGGCCAUGGGGAACACCACGAGCGAGCGGGUGUCCGGGGAGCGCCAUGGCUCCAAGUCCCAGCGCUCCGACGGCUCCGGCGCCUCCCACCCCGCCAAGGAGCACCCGCACAAGAUCAUGGUGGGCAGCACCGACGACCCCAGCGUCUUCAGCUCCCACGACUCCAAGAUUCCUGGGGACAAGGAGUUUGUGUCGUGGCAGCCAGAUCUGGAGGAGUCAGUGAAGCCGUCCCAGCAGGCUCGUCCAACUGUCAUACGCUGGGCUGAUGGAGGCAAGGAGGUCUUCAUCUCCGGAUCCUUCAACAACUGGAGCACCAAGAUCCCCCUCAUCAAGAGCCACAAUGACUUUGUUGCUAUCCUGGACCUUCCAGAAGGAGAGCACCAGUACAAAUUUUUUGUGGAUGGCCAGUGGGUUCAUGAUCCAUCUGAGCCUGUGGUUACCAGCCAGAUGGGCACGAUAAACAACCUCAUCCACGUCAAGAAGUCUGACUUUGAGGUGUUUGAUGCGUUGAAGGUGGAUUCCCUGGAAAGCUCUGAAACCUCAGGUCGGGAUUUAUCCAGCUCCCCACCGGGACCUUACGGCCAGGAGAUGUACGUGUACCGGCCCGAGGAGCGCUUCAAAUCGCCGCCCAUCCUCCCGCCCCACCUCCUCCAGGUCAUCCUCAACAAGGACACCAACAUCUCGUGUGACCCAGCCCUGCUGCCCGAGCCCAACCACGUCAUGCUCAAUCACCUCUACGCGCUCUCCAUCAAGGAUGGCGUGAUGGUGCUCAGUGCCACGCACCGCUACAAGAAGAAGUACGUCACCACGCUGCUGUACAAGCCCAUCUGAGCCAGGCCACACACGCUCCCCACGCAGGACACCAAACGCCGCUUGUCUGCACACACUGGGCCACGGGACUGUGUGACACCUGGCCACUGGCUCCAGCCUCCAACCUGGCAGGGACACGGGCCCCGGCAACAAGCUCAGGGCCACUGGGGCCUGUGACGCUGUCCCAUCCUACCGGCGUGGUUCAGCCCUUGGUUUCCACCCACCUGCAGCUUCCCUUGGCUUCUGUGAGUCUCUGGGACCACUUUGCUGCUCACCAGAACAGCCCUUCCUCACUCCCAACAGAAAAGGGCUUCACCCUGCCUGUCUUCUCCAGCCUGUGAGGGCCUCAAGGUGGUCCUGGCACUGCACCCAGUCCAGGCUCCAGGAACACAUCCUGUUCUUCUGAAGGUUGUGCUGCUGCCCUGGUGCUGAAUCUCCAAGGCCACCUCGUCUGCUAGGGGCUCUGUGACACUCCAGCCUGACACCUGCCCCCUGUUCCACAGCCCUGGCUGUGGGGCUGCCCCCCAGCUUUUUUGAACCUCUGCGAGGUUCGGCAUCGAGCCAGCAUGAUGGACAGCACAGCUGGACACAGCCACUCUUACCUGCUGCUGUGAGAGCACCAUCAAGGACUGCAACGCCCUGUGCCCCACAUCAGCUGCUUCUGUGGGACAGGGCUGAUGUUGUCACAGCCAGAGGGGCACUGGCACAUGCCCUGGGAAGAGCAGAGGCGGGCAGGCACUCCAGGACCCCGGCUGCACCGCCUGCUGCCGCAGCAGCGCCAUGGG